ACAAACUUUACCUCCCGACAAAGAAAAACAUCGUUAUUCAAGCGAUUCAAACACGUAGAAUCUAAUGACAUAAAAAUUAAAAUGCCUCAGUCCUUAGUUAUAAUUUUCAACUAUGGUCCAAAUGAGGUCAGUGUCUCGCCUGCAUUCGCUUCGUCUCGCCUGGCUUUUCACGAGGAGAAGAACUUGUGGCCAUUUGUUGAUAGUGCUGAAGUCUGAAUGACAGAAAAGGAAUGAAGACCAAGAAGACUUUGCUUCCUCAUUGGUCAAGGUAGCAGUGAAUAAAUUCAUGCUAACAAUGGCUGGUACAUGCUUUUGUAAAACAACGAAGAACAACAAUAACAAACAAAAAGUACAAGUGUUAAAUCAUUUUAAGUGUUUUAAGUCCGAUAGUGUAACUCAGUGAUCUACAGUCAGAAAGCUGCAUGUUGAAACGUUAUAAAUUUGCAUUCAAGUGCUAAGCUAAAGUGUGUAACUGCAUUUGUGGUACAGAAAUAGCCAUCACAAUACGUUGAAAAGGGGUCAUCCAGACAAACAUUUGGUCGCCUGUGAUAGUAAAUUUGUGUAAUCAAAUGUCAAAGCAGUAGACUCUGUUGUACCUGCAAAAGCCAAUUAAAUUCGGUUGUCAUCAUUCGCCGACACCAGACAAUGGAUAACCAGUCAUUUCCCGGUGGAUCGCCAUUUCUGGACGAGCUGCCGUCGGUGUGUACGUUCUGCGGGAUGAUGUUCAGUAAUACCCUGGCGUUGCAGCAUCACGUGCAGCUCCACAUUCUGUCAGUCAAUGCCCAGCUCAUGGGGACACAACCACCGCCAGAUCCAGGUAUUGUGCUGCCAGGUGGAGGCCCAUUGAUGGUGGGUGUGUCCCAUGGCCUGCCCAGUAGCAGUGUCACGCCUCUUCUCACGGGCUCCUCCCCCAUCUCCAUGCCAGCUCACCUCAUCUCACCUGGACUCUCCAAUGCCGGGAUUCCUAAUCUGCAGCAGGUGCCAGUAUCAGCUCCAAGAAACAUUAAAGAGAAAAAGAGCAGGACACACACCACCAAAUCUUCCCACAAUUCUUCCAAUGUAGUAACAUCAAUUGCAUCUUCAGCUAAUAUUUCAAGCAGAUCACAAACAGCGCCUACAAAAUCUCGAAACUCAGGCUCCAGUGUUUCAUACCUCUCGACUUUUCCCAAAGACUUACAGAAACAAGAAUCUUCAGUCAGUAAACCAUCGACAUUACAACAACAGCAAACGUCCAUGUCAGCGUCUGGACUUGUAAAGGAAAACUUUCCCCCUCACCCAUCCAACUUUGACCCACUAGAAGCCUUGUUACUCUCCCCUACAAAGAAACUACACGAUAAACCUGUAACAGUUACGGAAUCUCUGCCCUUGGAUGUGAUGGGAAAAGAGCAAAAACUUUUUCAGCCAUUUGUUUCGCGAGAAUCAAUGGAUCUUAACCCAUCAUUUUCUGCGGACAGUUUUUUGUCGCCUGUCAAAUCAGGUCAUUUGCAGGGUUCCGGAGAUAUGGAUUUGUUAUUGUCAACGCCUCAGAAAGUUUUCCCCAGUACCACUGAAAACUUGUUCACAUCCAUAGCCACGCUUUCAAAGAGCUCGUCUUCAGAAGGAAAAAUGUUCAGCCUCAGCCUCAGUCAUCAAGAUGGUCUCAUAUCACACCCUUUAGAUAAUAGUAUGGACAUGGCAAGUCUAAAAGCACUCUCAAAUAGAGAUGACAUCAAUUCUAGCUCCCACUUUUACCCAGGUCUGAUGGACCCCUUGAAUAUUUCUCCAAAAGCGUCAUCACAUAUGAUGAAGGAUUUCCCCUCUAACAUGGACCUCUCUACUGAUUUGAAGUCACAUUCAAAUGUUCCAGUGGAGUUUGGGCAUCCUUCUGUCACCUCUCCAAAGAUAUCCCCAGCUUUACCCACAGGUUACAUGGACACAGACAUAGCUGCCUUGCCUACAAAGGCAUACACCUAUGGUGCAGAGGCUACGGCUCCCAAAGUUUACCCCAGCUCACAAACGCAGGGAACUACACCUUCCGGGCCGCUCCCCAGCCCAUCAAUAGACAUGGCAGUGAAUCCUCUGGGAACCGGUUACUAUAAUGCACUUACCCAGAAACUGAUAGAUCCUAGCUUUUCUAUGAGUGUUGAUUUUAAUAAGCCGUCAUCAUCGUCCUUCCCUACAGGGUCUGGUGACCAGAAAGGGAAGAUAUACUUUGAGAAUGGGACGCUUAUUAAUAAUGAUUACGAUAAGAUAAGUGACACGAAUGAUGAAGAUGAUUUGGAGAGGAUAUUAGAGCUAGAUGCAAUUGAUGCUAAGUCUGAUAACAUUGACGGAGCCAAAGAGUUUGAAAUAGAGGAUUUACUGAAUGAGUUUAAUGAGAAGCAGAAUGACUUAUUAAAGUCAAAGGCUGCUGUUCCAGUUAUUGAUGAUUUCCUUAGUGAUGUUAUUGGUGAGGCAAAGCCAAAGGUUGAUUCUGUGACACCCAGCAAAGUAGACGAGCCGUAUAUAACUCCUGAUGCUAUUGAACUAAACCAAAGUGCUAUAUCUGAAUUGUUAGAUAAAGAAAUGGAAAAAAUUGAUCAGGAAGUAAAAGAAGUUGAUAAGUCACGUUUAAGUGCUAGUGGUUUUCUAACUUCUGUUGCCACCACAGUGUUAGCUCCUUCAACUACCUCUAUUACUACUAAGCCUUUGCCAGUCGUCACAAUGAUGUCUUCCUCAGGUUCAACAGCAUCGAUAUCAGCAGUUGUUUCAUCAAGCAGUUCAGAUGUGAAAACAGUUGAACAUCAAGCAAAGAAACAGGAAGAUCCUGUUGACUUUGAGAUUCCAUAUGUUGGGAAGCUGAUGAAGAUUAGAAAAUACCAGGAGAUUCAAAAACAGAAAGAACAGACAGCUGAAAAGCAUCUUGAAGUGAAAGUCCAUGAAAAGAAGGAGACAGUCAUUGAAGAUAAACCUCAAUUGCAAACAAUUCUUGUUCAGGUGUCAAAAAGGAAAAAGAUUGAAUAUGGUCCAUACAUAAAUAAACAGUCAUUACUAGAAGGGAAACCAAAGAAUAUGCCUGAAACACCAUCACCUACAAAAGCUUUUAGACCAAAGCCCAAGCCACAGUCGCCUGUGCGACGAACAUUUAACUUACGAGAAAGGAAAAGUCGCCCUGAUUUUGCUACAUUAGCUGGAUCUACUUCUAGGAAUAAUGAAGGCAAGAAAUCAGAUGAAAAAAAUAAGUUGGAAAAAGAUGCGAGUAUUCCAACGAGUGAGACCCCAAAUGAAGAGGAAGAGAAAGCUGAAGAAACUUGUGACACAGAGUCAGAUGUAAUUGUUACCCGAAAGAGGGAAAAGACAGUUGAAGAUAUAGAUUGUAAUGCAGCUAAGACUCCUAUUGAUAAAAAGAAAGCUGCAGUAAGUAAAAGUGCUGAGAAGAAAACAGAUGUAGAAACUAGUGAAAAUAGUGAAAGUGACACUAAUAAAAUAUCUCUACGAACAAGAAGUGCUAAGGCUGAAACAGCAUCUAAUGAACCUAAGAAUUUGAGAAAAAGAGGUUUAAAAACCUCACUUGAUGUGACAAAAACCCCACCAGAUGUGACAAAAGCAAAAAAUAAAAAGACUGAAUCUCAGUCUGAUACUAUUGAAAUGGAUGAAAAUGUAACACAAACUAUAGGUAAUGAAGCAGAUGAAAAGCUAAUUCGUACGAGAAGUAAGCAGAAAGCUGCUGUGGAUAAGACAGAACUUAAAAGGUGUUCAGUUAACCUUGGUGAGAAAUGUCUGAAUGCAAAAGUUAAAAAGAAGUCUAAUGAUAAUGGUUUGGAUGUAUCUAAAGAUGAGGACUUUAAAGACUCUGAUAUGGAAUCUGACAUAAAAGAUGGAGAAACAGAUUUUGGGGAUAUGGAUCUUAAUGAAGACAAGGAAAGUGCUAAAUGUGAUCUGUUAAUCAAAUCUGAGGAACUCAAAAUGGAAAGCAAAAGUGAAAGCAUAGUUCAGAAAGAGGAACCUGAAACGAAAGAUGUACUUCCAGAAGACAAUAAGGCUGGAAAUAUAUUUGAAAGACUGAAAUGUGAGAGACCGACUGAAAAUACAGUUGUUAGCAUAUCCUCGAGUUCAGAUAAUAAAGUGACUAUGAAGUUCAGACUUGGGUCAGACUUUCACAAGGCACAUCGAGAAUAUAUGAGUGCACCAAAGAAGCGGAAAUUUGACAAUCCAACUGCUUCUCCUGUUAAAGUUGAGAAAAAAGUAAUAGAGGAGGUGAAAGAGAAGGUAACUUCUGUUAAAGCCUCUGAAUCAGUCAAUCAAUCUGAAGAGGAUAAAUCUGAAAAGAAGGUCAAACAAAGUGUUGAGAAUGAAUUUCAAAGACUGGUUAAUGAGGCCAUGGAGGAGGUGAAAAAGGAAAAAGAGGUAGGAGAAACUGGAAAACAAGAACGACAUGUGAAUCUACGUAAGAGGAUGCAUGAUAGUGUUCGCUACAAUGUAGAUGAGUCUGAGGAUGAGUUAGACAAAGGGAAAGAAGCAUCUGAGCAACACUCUGCAAAAUCCCAGAGACCUGGUAGUGGUAAAGCAAGCAAGGGAAAGGGAGCCAAAUUAAAAAAAGGUAUGGAGCAUUCGUUGUUGGAUAGUGCUAAGAAGGAAACCAAAAAGGACAUGGAUGUUUACGAUUUUACUGACACAGAAAUGAGUGAUCAUGAAGACAGUAAAAGCGGAUUCAAACCGAAGUAUGUAUCAAAUCUUCACAAGAGCCCAAUUGGACAGAAAGUGCAAUCAUCUGUUUUGAUUGGUGGAAAUUUUAAGGUGGAAGAUAAGAGUGAGAAUUCGAAUGGUGUUAAAACUGAGGAAACAAAUACUGCUACCGAUGAAACAAAUGAGAGUACUUGUGAAAAUGAUAUGGAUUCUUCUUAUGGAAUUUCAAAAACUGUUGAACCAUUGAAAAUAAAAUUAACUAAAAUAAAACCUUUUAAAGAAAAGAAACACAAACAUAAAAAGAAGAAGAAAAAGAGGGACAGAGACAGAAAAGACAGUAAUGAGGAAGAUAAAAUGAGUGAUGUUAUGGCUGAAAGUCCUGAUUUAAAGGUUGAUAUUAAAAGUGUUGAGAGCAUUGGCAUCGAUACGACAUCUAAUGAUGGUGACGAUGAUUCCACCAUUGACAAACGUAACAGAAAGAGUGCUAAAGUGAAGGAAAAGAAGCACAUUUGUGAGUAUUGCAAUCUUGGAUUCAGUCAGAAGUGUGACUUGAGACGCCAUGUGAUGAUACAUACAGGUGAACGACCAUGGCCGUGUCCGACAUGCAACAAAAAGUUUCAGAGAAAGACGGACCUAGUAAAGCAUGUGCGGACACAUACAGGAGAAAAACCAUAUGCGUGUGAGUUUUGUGAUAAGCGGGUGUCUGAUAAAUCUCAGCUGAUAGUUCAUAUGAGGCUACAUACGGGGGAUAGGCCGUAUCAGUGCACUAAAUGUGGUAAAAGGUGUAUCACGAGUUCGGAACUGAACCGCCAUCAAAACCACUGCAUAGAGAUGAAGAUGAACCCUUGCAGUGUGUGCCAGAAGAUGUUCAAAAUGAACGAGUGCUUGAACAUGCACAUGAAGCUGCAUCACAGGUCGAGGACUCGACAGUUUAAGUGUGACAAGUGCUUUCUUGGGUUUGACGUUAAAGAUAUGUUUGAAAAUCACAACUGUGUUGAUCCUUCGAAAAGUAUCUUUGUCUGCAGUGAAUGCUUUGAGGAAUUCGCGGAGGAAAUGCUCUAUGCUGAGCACAUUAAAAUGCAUGACCUUGGGGUGUUGGCAUGCAAUGUGUGUACUCUGGUGUUUCCAGAUAAACACAAUCUGGAAACUCACCUGUGUAACUUGGGUGGGGCAGACAAAAGUGGCACAGAAAAUGACAAACUUGCAAAUUCCUCAGGAGACCAUCCUUUGGUGCUAAGCUGUGAAAUCUGCAACCAGACCUUCCAGGACAAAGACUCCCUGGUUGAACAUGCGGUGGUUCAUGAGAACGACCUGGGUUCCUUCAUGUGUGAGUCCUGUUCAGAGAUGUUCUCAUUGCGUAAAGACUUCCUUUCACAUGUAAGAACCUGCGUUCAGCAGAAACCAUCACUGAAUGACAACAGCUGGCCUGCAGGGAAUGUAUCAGACAGUUGGACUAGUCCUGUGAAUAUGGUUAACAUGGGGGCAAUGAAUUCUGGAUCAGCUGAUAACAAGGUUGAACAAGAGAUUCUUAAUUUGGUCGCGAAGACUGAAAGUGUUGUAACACUUCCAAAGCAGAAGCCAGUUCGAGCUAGUGUCAUUUCUGGCAUGUUUAAAAUCAGCGACGAUAAUUCUCCGGAGACUUUUGACAGAGUCAGGCGAAACAUCAAACCUGACCCUGAAUCUGUCCCCAUGCCAGCGGGUCAAGCCAGUGUUUCCAUGGCAACUUCUCAAACCAUUGUACCUAAAUUAAGUAUGGUGCCAACAGGUAAUCAUAAUUCAGCGAAAUUGAUUUACGGGUCAGAUUUUACGAAAUCACCUGAUUUCUCUUUGCUCACUGAAGAUAGCAUUGACACUUUUUCACCAGUGGCUGAUGUCAAACAUCUUUGCAGUGACUCUUUUGUUGAAACCUCAAGACCAUCAACUUCCAGCAGGAAUGGCAGCAGAAACAAUCAUGCCCAGCAAAUGACUCGAAAGGCAAAAAUGGAGAAAUCUGAAACUUUUUCUCGGUCCAUACAAAAUUCAGUUGGAGGCUUAGACUUUGAAAUUUUCAAGUAUAAUUACAGCGAUUCGGACUCACAUGGUCACAAUUCCGUGCCAGCAAGGAAGGGUCCAGAUCAAGGUCAAAAGUCAAACCCUCAAUCUGGAAACCAUGAAAACAAGUGGCCCGAUAGUUUGCAAUCCCAGGCUAAGGUCCAAGACAUGACCAUACGAGCUGGCCUUGGUUUCACCUCUAACGAUAUCAAAGGUGCGGUGACUAACAAAGCUCAAAAUUCUUCUGGUGUAGACUGGCCACGGGACCUUCAAAAUGUGUAUCCAUCAGUGACCUCUGAUCCUGUCCAGUCCUCACACGUGAAGAGGCUAUUUUCUGGAAAUAAGGACAGUUUUCAGUUUGCUCAAUCUUCCGGCCAACCUGUUAUACCGCAGUGGCGUGAUGAGUCAAGUUACAGUGGUGCUAGGGUGGCAACUGGUUCUGGAUUAUCCACCCCUGGAUUGUUCCAAGAAACUUUUCUGCCUCGACAUUCAGGUGAAUAUAGAGAUAGAACUAAAGGUCACGGUCGAAAAGGGAGUGGCGAAACUGCGCCAUCCGUAUUGUCGAAUUUUCACUGAUGCCAUUUUUAUUGUUGUUGCUAGAUAUUUUAGUCUAUUAAGUUGCAUGCUAUUUGUAUAUAUUUUGGAUAUAUAUAUCAUAGGUGAUCUUGUAAGUAGCUGAACAAGCUUUAACUAUUUUUGUACAUUCAUAAAAAUGUUUUGUUGAUAACUGUUUUAAGAUCAUGUUUACAUGCUUUGAUACAUGUAAGAGCAGUAAAAUUUACUCUCUUUUUUCAAACUUUUAGCGCAUGAUGAUUGCUUACUGAAAUACAUGUAUAUGCCAGUUUUGUAUACACUCAUAUAGAAAAGUGUUCAUAUUGUUAAGCGAAAUAGUUUUUACUUCAAUAUUUAUGCUUGCAAUAUGAAAGGAAAAAAGUAAAUAUAAUUAUGAAUUUGUUACAAUUAGUUGAUGUUUCAUUUCUAAAAUAUGUUAGAUCAGUAUUCCAGUUCUAAAACUGAGCACAAAUUGACUAAAGGUUAGUAUUAUUAUUGAGUAUGGCAGGUUGUUAAGUUGUCCUGACUUUAUUUAUCCCCCCACCCCACCUCAAAUUAGGGGGAGUUCAUAGGAUUGCUCUAUAUCCAGAAGUCUUUCAGUUUUUCCGUAAUACUUAUAUGUCUGCUUCUCCUAUAUCUUUUGAAGGAUUGUCAUAAAACUCAAUCAAAUGUUGUAAAGUGCAUUGAGACCAUGGGCAGAAGGUAUGAGUGAGUUAUGUUUUGUUGAAGUUGUUCUCAAAAGUUUGAGCCUCCAUAGUGUUGUUUGCUUAUUAUUUUCUAUUCCCUUUGAUGGAUUUUCAUGAAACUUGCAUUGGGCAUUGACACGAUUUGCAGACAUCAUGCGUAACUCAAUGACUCAUUCUGCAUUAAGGUCAUACUUUAAGGUCAACGUAGUGAGCCUUUUUUGUCAUGUCUACUCCAUAUCUCUUAGACCCUUUCUAGUGAAAAGUUAAUGAUAUACAGUUACAGAUAAUCAGAGGACAGGUCAUGAGUAAAUCACACUGAUUAAAGGUCAAAGGUCAAAAAAAGUUAAAGUCACUAUUUCAAGGUCAAAGGUUAAAAGAAGUCGAAAGUCACCAUUUGAGGUCAAAAGAAGUCAAAGUCAUGGUUUCAAGGUCAAAGGUAUAAAUAACUCAAAGGCACUGUUAUAAGGUCAAAGGUCUAAAGAAGUCAAGGGCACAGUUUCAAGGUCAAAGGUCAAAAUAAGUUUUUUGCUGGACUGCUUUGUUGUUGAAUAAUAGCAACCUGAAGCUUAACAAUUAUACGAAUCAUGUGAUAAAAAUACUGAAUGUGAAGCUUUUAGGGGCAUUUAAAUGUACUGCUUUCUUAACUCUGCCAAAGUGAAUUCUUAACCCUUUGCAUGCUGGGAAAUUUGUCGUCUGCUAAAAUGUCGUCUGCUGAAUUUCUAAAAUUAGCAUUUUCUUCGAUUUUUUUCAAAGAAUAUUAUCAGAAUAGCAAACAGUUUGGAUCCAGAUGAUUCUGUGGCGUCUCAUCUGGAUCCAAACUGUUUGCAAAGGCCUUCAAAAUUCGGUUCCUGCACUGAAAGGGUUAAGAAUCAUAACGUAAAUGCCAAAGGUCGAAACAAGCUUUUCAUCUUAUCAUAUGGUAACUCUAUAUUGAUAAAAUGUUAUUACAUGUAGAUACAGAUGUAGAUAAAAUUGUUUGUAAAGAUUGGGCAAUUGACACUACUCUAAAUUACCAUUUUGUAGCUUUAUCCUGUUCAUUUCUAUGUCAGGUUUUCCACAUACUAGUAUUCACUGUACAGUAUACAUUUGUUCAUGUCAUAUCUUACCUCAUUCUGUGUUCUGAUAUUUAUCAAAACCUUUCAUAUCUUUAAACAUAUUUAAAAAAAAAGAUGGAAAUACAAAAAUUUAGUAAAUCUGGUUUCCAUCAACUUUGUUGGAAUUUCUUAUCAAUAGUAAA